AAUCCGCUUGUAUUACGCUUCACUUAAACAACCGGUAUGGCCCGAUUUUAGGGCAAAAUUUUGCCCUGGAGAUUUUAACGAGAUUUCACGUUACUAUGUUACAUAGCAACGUCACUGUACAACAUCCGGAAUAUUAACGAAAAUGUAAACAAAACAGACGAUAGUAUUUUUUAAGAAAUAACAAGAAUUGUAAGAAAUUAAGAAUCAGACAAGAAGAGAAAAUCAGUAAUAUACAUUGUAAAGAUAGAAGCAGAAGACAUUAUUACAUGUAAACCUUAUAAAUCAACUUUAAUAUAUAUACACGCAACAUUUAGUAAUGGAGAAAAUGUAAACAAACAGACGACACGAUUUUUUUCGAUAAAUACUGCUAGUAUUGCAAAUAAAGAAAUUCAGACCACAGAAAAAUAAUGAACUGACACUGUAACAGUAGAAAUUACUGAUGCAUACUAUGUUUAACUCUAAUUAUGUCAUGAAAUAUCAUAAUCGUACUUUGUCUUCAAUAAAUGCCGUCACCACGAAAAACAAACCUGAACAUAUGCGUGGUUUGUAAAAUACAAAAAGAAAAAAAAAUUGAAUGGAGAUUGAUAGACUCAAGUCAUGGACAAAAGAAAAGAAUUGCUCAACUUUUAUUAAAAUAUGGAGAAAUUGAUGUGGUUGACGGUGCCAUAUGCAGACCAUGUGAGCGAAAGUUGUCAAGUCUUGACAAUAGUGUCAGAGAAUUCAAAUUUAAAUGUAAUCAAAAUUUUCAUUUGAUAUCACCCAAACGUUGUUUUACAGAUGAAAAUACAAACCCUGCCAAAAAACUUAGUAACAAUGGAGAAAAUGUUGAAAAUCCUACACCUUCAUCACCGAAAUCAACACACAUGUCAACUUCCAGUAAUAUUUCAACACCACAAAAUUUUAACACUGUGAGAAAACAGCUCGGGGACAUAUCAAAUAUUACAUGCACGCCAAUCAGACCCAAGCAUCAUGAUACACUUAACGAUUCUGGGAUAUCACUGUCUACACCUGAAAUUGAAAUUGAAACAAAUAGUCUUGCUCUUAAUAGGAAAAACAAAUCAAAUAGUACAGUUACAUGUAGUAAAGAAUUAUUUAAGGAUACACCUACAAAUGUUGAAUGUCAUGAUCACAUCUAUAGUGCUGUUAGUACACCCAGGAAGAGAUCAAAAAUUAAGACUACAAAAGAAACUUUACCCAAAGAAGAAGAGACAUUAGCAGUGAAAAGUUUGAAAAAAAUAAUAGUCAAACAACAACAAUAUGAUUAUUUAUCACCAGUAGAAUUAGCUGAAAUCGUGUCAGUUCUGCCGCUGGGAUCCAGAUCUGCACUUAUUCAAACUCUUUUAAAGUAUGAUUCCUUUAAACAUCUUAUAACUGAUGAACUGAUGAAAAUAUUAUCCAAUCAGCAUGAUAUUUUAAAAAACAGAAAAAGAGGCAAGCUUAGUGUAUUGAAUGGGAAAUCAUUUGAGGAUAUGAUAAAUUUUAAUUGGAGUCCAAUUGUAGAAGAACUAUGUGAUGAAUUCCCAGUUUUAUGUCGCACAAUAUUGAGUUUUAUGCUACCAGAUAACUUGACAGAAAAAACAAAGUCUGAUCGCAUUACAUCAAUGGUCCCGAGGAUAGGGUUUAUUUAUUCUUUGCUAGCACAGAGUCGCAACCAAGAAUUGAGCAAGGUUCAGCACAUGAUUAAUACAAUUUUGUUUGACAACUUGUGUGAUCAAAAGGUAUUUGAUCGUCUACAUUCAAUUGGGGCAUGCAUGAGUUAUGGACAUAGUCUUACCAUAUUAGACAAGUAUGGAGGUCACUUUAAUUCUGCAGUAAUAGAUGCCUUAAAAUCAGGAAAAAGAAUUAGACUUGUAGGGGAUAAUAUUAACUGGAUGACAAAUGUGCACGAUGAAAGAAAAGACAACCAUGCACAUAUGCAUCAUGCAUUUGGAUCUGCAUGCAUCAUUCAGAACACAUCAUUUGAUUUGCUUUCCAGCAUAAAGCCUCAGUUGGACUACAGAUAUGCAUCAGUGGAAACUUUCUUACCUUCCAGAAAUGAUUGGCAUCUACUAAGAGAAGACUAUAGUGUCCACAUUUUAAAAGUGGCUUCUAAACACAUACCAUUCUUCAAGGAAUUUUGUAAGCCAUUUGAAAACUUUUUUCAUGGAACCUUGACUGAGGAAUUGAAAACAAAAACAAGGUGAUUCCAUUACCUGUUCUUCACUAUAAUGAACAAAAAUAUGAUGAGGUUGUUAAAAUUUUAGAUUUCUAUGAGUCAUUUUUAAGAGAGAGCUUUGGUAAAGCUAACAUAGACUAUAAUGACACAGUUAAAGUUUUGAUAGGAGGUGACCAGUUAACAAGAGAAAGAUUUUCUGGGAGCAAGUGCUUAAGAGCUGGUGGCAUAACAGCAGAUGAACGUUUUGAUCACUUGUCUCCAAUUACCUUUGAACUAUUUCAUCUCUGCAUGAACUAUGUCAAGUUGAUAAUGAAACAACUUUUCAAAGAUCAAAGUGUAAAUGAAAUGGGCACUAUGAAAUGUGAGGCAAAUCGUCUAUUAAGAACCACUGUAAAUGUCAAUGUAAAUGAACACUAUGAUGCCGACAAAGACUUCAUAAUAUCCUUCACAGAUGCAUACAUAACAGAAGCUGUUAUGACUUUUUUUGAAAUGGAAAACCCUACUUCUGCCCCAACAAUAAAUAGACAUGAACCACCUAGUCAGUUUACAAAUGAUAGUGAGAAGAAGGAAUGGAUAUUAUCAAUAUUUGGUGAUCUAGUUGACAAAAUGGUAUGGUGCAAUGAAGGUGAUACUUGCAGGUCUAACUCUGAGGAAGAAGUUCAUGAAGAUGGAGAAGUUUUACGUCUGAAAUUGGCCAAUGGUAACUUCAAAUCCUUUGUUAUAAAGAAGAAGAAAACACCACCAAAGGAGGACAAAGUCCAAUCCUAUGGACAUCUAGUUCUUGAACUAGGAGUUCAUUUUAAAGCGCUGUUAAGCCUUUGUAAAACACCAGACAGAGAACGUGGUUUGCGUCUAUUAAAAGUGACCAUGCUGCAUUUUAAAGCCGAC